CCCGGGUAUGGGUGCAGGAUCCUGCAGGAUUUUGCAGGAUCCUUCGCAUUGACCUGGGUUUGGGUGCAAGAUCUUGCAGGAUUUGCAAGAUUCUGCAAGGCCUGAGUGACCCGGGUUUGGAUUGACCCGGGUCAGAAGGCACACCGGCAGUGGCGCUAUCGAUAUCGCCAGGUUUUCCCCCCAAGGACGUGGAGCGGCUGGCCAUAGGCCUGGGCUUCUGCCCGCAGGCGGCACGAGCGCCCGACGCCUUCCUCCGUGAACUGUUGGCGACGCUGAUGUAGGAGGGUCUGCGCGUUCUUGAUUCUUGGCCGCGCCAUACACAUUUCUGGCGCAAUGCUGCUCAAUUCUCAGAAUUCUAUUUUGUCGGAUGUACAUAACUGUAGUGGUGCGGAGGACUGGGGCACGUGGGGAUUAAAGGAGGAGCACGCGUCUCCUACCGCCCAGCUGACGCUUCUGAGGCCGAAUUGUGCCCGAGGCGAGUCGCGGCAAGGGCAAGUUUUCGUCUGGGCGGUCGAGCCGCAAUUCCCUCUGUGCUUCUACGCCUGCGCGGCGCUGUCCUGCUGCUGCGCGCGCCAGUGCGUGCCUCUCGUCCUCAAGCCCCCGACGUCGUGGUUCUUCUACGAGGUGGGUCCCCGCGGCUCUCGACCCCAUCGCUAUGGACAGCUUUCGUCGCGGGCCGUGGUUUGA